AAAGACAGGAAAUCUUGAGUGAAGUAGGUACAUCGCUGGGAAAGUCCAGGAUGCAAGUGCAAGUGUCUCCUCGUUGUUAUGAACCACUUCUGAUUCGACUUACUAAUAAAUGACGAAUUAGUCCCAUUAAUAACGACAAUAAACUUAGGGCGAUACGUUAAUAAAGAUAUGUGUCAUUUAAUCACUUUAAUCCGUUUGAUUCAUUGACUGCAAUACGCGUUGUUUUUCUCGGUAGAAAGGUGGACGAAUGUAGUGGAAAUAGUCGGUGCAUUGUUUCGGGGAGGUUUUGUGGACGAUAUCGGUGAAGAUAAUCGAAGAAAAAUGGCUGUUUUAUCCCUGGUUGGCAGUAAAAUUCUUUUAGCUUUUUUUAAUUUUCUGUUAUUGAUUUGUGGCUUUACUCUUAUAGUAGGAGGGACGCUAGUACUGUUUGACAACGAGCGUGUACUGUUGUCGAGACUUCUAGCUCCCACAGGACCAUUUUCCACAUUUCCGUACCCCUUACUACACUAUAUCGCUCUAGGAGCUGCUUUAGUUGGGGUAGUCAUAGCGUCUGCUGGCAUAUUAGGGUGUUGGGCAUCGUGUUUCCACAAUUAUUAUUUGUUAAGUGUGUAUUUCUGCCUCGUGAUGAUAGUUCUAGUAGGAGAAUGUGCCAUUUUUGCCAUAGCCUCGAUAUGGCCCAGUUGUAUGGGACUUGGAGUCGAGAUAGACGAAUUAACGCAAGCGAUACAGAGAAAUUAUGGAAUCAAUGAAGACUUUACUAACGCAGUAGACUUGGCACAGGCCUCGUUCCACUGCUGUGGUGUUCAAUAUUCCGAAGAAUACGACACUUCUUUCUGGAGAAUGAAGUUGCUGGGUCCCUCUGAGUUGCUCCCUCGACUGGCGGUUCCUCUGAGUUGCUGUAAACUCUCCAACGAAAACAAAAGCGAUUCUUAUUUAAACCCAGAACCUGUAAGCCAAGCAUUAUGCCAGGCUCUGGAUAGAAACAGACACGAAGGAUUUAGAUACACUAUGGGUUGUAAAGAGCCUCUUGAGCGCUGGUACCGCGACCAUUACAUCGCUUUCCUGGGCAUCGGGCUGGUAGUAGUCCUCGUGGAGUUUUCAGUUCUUCUAAGCUCCAUAGUGACGUGCACAAGAAUAUACCAUCAUAAUCAAGAAAGCCGCGACAACGCCCGCAACGCCGAGCAAGAUCCAGAUAUUACAACAUCGGCCACUACAACCUUCAAAAGAUCUAACUCUGAUACAGGGGCGUACAGUAAUGAAACUUAUGCCCUUACUGGUAAUUUUUCUCAGAAUUAUAAGCUGAGUGAGAGGGUAUGAUGGCAGUUUAUUGGGUACUUGAGACCCGAUCAAAUCUAUGCUGUAGAUUCAAUGUUGUGGUAAAGGCGAUAAUGCGAAUUAACGCUUUAAAGUAAAAGAGACUAUGAAUAAACUACUAACUGUGUUGUUUUAUACGACUAUUUUUAGUUUUAGGACAAGUAUUUUAUUUUAUACUAUUGACUUUUGUAAAAUAAAAAAUAUCUUAAGA